AUGAACGCGCGUGUGACAAAUCUGUGGGAGUUCUUUGUGACCCUGCAGUAUCCGGUUACCAUGGGAAAUGGUGACAUUAACGACGCUAUGGAGCGGCUGGAAAUGCUACAGGCGGAUUACUCACAACGUGCGGCACUUGCGAUUUGGUUCCUACUGCACAAUGUGAGCGCCACGAUUCAGCUGCAGCUGGACAUGUUCCACGAAUCCUACAGCCCGGCCUAUGAAGCAUGGGAGUACUUAAUGGACACUUACCAGGCAAAAGAUUCGGUGGCGAAGGCCUAUCUUAUGAAGCAGUUGGACAACCUGAAAAUGGGGAGUCAAGAGAGGGUGGAGGAGUAUCUCAACCGCGCAACAGCAAUCCGGGAUAAGUUAGCACUCGCAGGGAAGAUGGUGGAUGAAGACACCUUCACCUUAAACCUGCUCACAGGACUACCGACACAUUGGGAGGAGAUGAGGCACUCGGCAAUGCUACACAACGUGACGGACAGCUUCACCAUGCAAUGGAUGCUGAUUCAAGAACAGGGAUAUCACGACCUCAUCACGAAGGCUAACCGUGACCGGCGUCCACCUCGCAUGGCUGAACAAGCCCGUGGAGACCGUUCACCCUCUCCAACUGCUAAGGACACCAGUGGAAACAAGGAGGGAUCAGUCGGGAAGAAAACGCAUGGCAAGGAUGGAGGUGCGGAUCGCUCAUCUCUUGUGUGUUGGUACUGCAAGGAGCCAGGCCACCCCUUCUUCAAGUGUACCAAGGCACCCCCUGGCUAG